AUGAAUUCGGUACGCCCGGCCCGGAGCGUCUUGUCGAGAUGUGUCUCCGUCUCGAGCACACCGGCCCUCCCCUGCCGUCUAUUCCACAGCUCCGUUAGCCGGUCGGGGCGGAGGCGGUCACGAUUUAACAAUGUCACCGCCGAACAGAUGGGACUGACGACCCCCGAUAAAAUCGAGUCGUAUGCGAAGCGCCAGUUCCCCGAUUACACAGAGGAGGAGAAGGCGGCUCUCAAGCAGAAGUACACUCCUGAGCAGUGGGAGGCUCUCGAGGCGGCCGAGGCGGCCAUUGACCCGAAAGACCUGGUGAUCCAGGGUCGGUUACGGACGGACCCCUACAAGCAGCCCUAUAUCGAAGAUUUUGCGACGAUCCAGCCGAUUAUCGACGCAAAACCUCAGAAGACCAUGCAACCUAAAGAAGUGAAGUGGCUCCCAAGGAGAGAGUGGGUUGACGACUACAUUGAGAAGAUGGCAGACCGGGUCGAUACCCAGUUGAAGGACACCAUGGGCCAGGCCUUUGCUAGGGCGCUGCGCAAGGUCAAGAAGAUGAACCCGGACAAGCUUGACUUCACGGAGGAGGAGCUGAAGGAGCUGGAGACGAACCCCGAGUUGCGCAGGAAGUUCCUGGUUGACCAAGACGCCGAUGUCUUAGGAGGCAACGAGCCGAGGGCGCCCGUCCAGUCGGAGAUUGCAGGCGACAACUGGAUGGAGUUGAUCGACAAGCAUUUCUUCGAAGAGCUCCAACAGUCCCUCUCCACCGACCAGAACCCCCUUCGCCCCUCCCGCCUGGACUCGUGGAAGGCCAUUGAAGGUGAGGACGGCAAUUCGGCGCUGUCUCCCGAACUUGGCAAGAUCGAAGGUGUCAAGGGCCUCUACAAGCCCCCCGAGGACCCUGAGGACGAUGGCCUCGACCCCACAGGCAGCUACAUGAAUCUCAAACAGAUCACCGGCAUGAAGAUGACUGACAUCCUCUCUAUCCUGACCAAGAGAGUCGUCUUCCGCUCAGUCUCCAACCAGACCCGUCUGGGCAAGAUCCGCAGUGCCUCCGUCAUCGUCGUGGCCGGCAACGGCGACGGCAGACUGGGCCUGGGAGAGGCCAAGUCAACGGAUUCCAGCAUUGCCACGGCGACGGCCACCCUUCUUGCGAUUCGCAACAUGAAGCCUAUUCGCCGGUACGAGAAUCGCACCAUCUACGGCAACGUCGAGGCCAAGAUCUCGGGAACCGUUGUGAAGCUUGCCGCCCGUCCUCCAGGUUUCGGACUCCGCGUCUCCCACAGGAUAUUUGAGAUGGCUCGCCUCGCCGGAAUCCACGACCUGGCCGCCAGUAUCCCCCGUUCCAACAACCCCUAUAACACCGUCUACGCCGCCUACAAGGCCCUUCUGAACCAACCCAACCCAGAGGAUAUUGCCAUCGGGCGCGGGAAGAAGCUGGUCGACGUGAGGAAGGUGUACUACGGCGGCUCUGUAUAUUAA